GACCGAUCUCGAGAGGGAGGACUAAGACUGGGGGAGAUGGAGCAAGAUUGUCUCACCGGAUAUGGAGCAAGCAUGCUGUUGUUGGAGAGAUUGAUGAUAUCCAGUGAUGCGUUUGAGGUGGAUGUUUGCGGUGAAUGUGGCCUUCUGCGAUACUCGGGCUGGUGCGAGUUCUGUAAAUCUUCACGUCAUGUGUCCACUCUCAAAAUGCCGUACGCCUGUAAACUGUUAUUCCAGGAGUUACCGUCAAUGAACAUUGCUCCGAGACUCUCUCUGAAACCUUACAAUGAAGUAUAAAGACAGACAACUCCUCAAUUUGUUUUUUGUUUUGAUUUUGUUGACCCAAAAUAAAAAUGU